AACCUUCGAAAACAAAUAAAGGGAGACAGGGAAUUCCCAUUUUCACUCAUGGUUGUGAUUAGCAACUUGCCGUUAUCGUGGUGAAUCACGCACUAUCAUUCAUCAUUCAGCGGUUUCCAGUUUCCGUCAUCCGUUUUCUUCUGUGCGAAGAGUGAGUUUCACCAACAGUUCGACAGAUCUGCGGAGUGGCUUCAAAUUCAAAUCGUGAGUGGGAGAGGGAAUUCUGUUCCGACUUACAAGUGUCCUGGUCAUUAAAAGAAGACAAGGAUGGCAGCCCCAGUUUCAGUGUCUUCCAACCCAGUGGUGUCCGUACUAGUUACGAGCACUGCUAAUCCCUUCGGAGUGGAGAGGAGGUUUGAAAGAGGGAUGAACAUCUCAACAUUGAAAUCUAAGUUGGAAUUAGUUACUGGUGCUUUUGCCCAAACCAUGAAACUGUCUGUUUUGAACUCUGAGAACAAACUCAUUUGCCAACUAGAUAAUGAUGAUGCCCUCCUUGGAUCUUACCCAGUUGAUGAUGGAAUGACUCUGCAUGCAGAAGACUCAAAUUUGAAAGCAGAUGAAUACAGUGAUACAUCAAAAGUUGAGAAAUUUGAAAUUUCCGAGGAUGAGUACAAGAAAAGAACUGAUAGUGUAAGAGCUUUUAAGGAAAGAAAUAGGUUGGGACGUUUCAAUGAAGAAUUGGUGCAGAAAAAGGAAGAAGAGCUGAAACUGAAGGAGCAAGCUGAAGAUGAAAAGGCUGCAAGUUUGAAAGUAAAUGAUCGUUGUGAAGUGCGAGUGUCAGGACAACCGAGUCGAAGGGGAGUGGUGAAAUAUGUGGGCAAGACAGAGUUCAAACCUGGAACCUGGGUGGGAGUGCACUAUGAUGAACCCCACGGAAAGAAUGAUGGAAGUGUUGGUGGAAAGAGGUACUUCGAGUGUCCUCCAAAGUAUGGAGGUUUUGUUCGGCCAUCCAAUAUUGAAGUUGGAGACUUCCCAGAAGAGGGUUUUGAUGAUGAUGAAAUGUGAUUUAGUUGUUUGUUUCCAAUAGUUAAUUUAUGGUUUUCUAAAGCAAAAUCCCACACCAGAUGUGUAUCUUUCAUUGAGUAUAUUUUUUUUUUCACAAUCUUGUUUCAAUACCAAAAAAAAUUAAUUUAAAGUGUUUCCAUUGAAAUGUGUUCUGCAAUAUGGGCUUGAGCUUAUGUACCAUGUACAUUCAUUGCAUCAUUACAAGUUACAUUUGCACUUCAGCAAGCAUUAGAACAAAGUUGUUAGUUCUGUAUGUAGGCCUACAGAUACUUUAACUCACUUUUCAUAAGAUUGCAGGUUUGGAGGUUCAAGCCUCAGCUUGGUCCAAUGCUGUGUCCUUGGGAAAGGUACUUUACACGAAUUUCCUAUUUAGUUCGGUCCCUUUGGAGAUGGGCAUUAAUAAACUCAUCAUAGGUUCUGCUUCUUAAAUAUCCUUCCACUUCCACUCGUUUUGAUAGAAGCAUUAAACCAAUACCUUUUCUCCAAUUUUUUUUCUCCACUUUUCAGUCUUACACAUAUUAUGUGAUUGUUUGAUCUUUCUUUACAAAUUAUAGAAAGUUUUGAGUCAGUUUCAGCUUAAAAAUUUCAGUUUCAGAUUCAUAAUUCUUUUUUGUAUUUUCUUUAAGGAUUACUUUCUUUAAAUUUUGGUGUUUCCUUUUUGUGCAUUCUUGCCCAGAUUAGAACAGAAACUGGAUUUUUUUAGUUCCAAUAAUUUCCUGUUUCUGAAUUAAAAGUACCGGGUAACUUGAAGUUAGGUUAGACUUUCUAUUCAUUAAAAUCUAAUUUUCUUCAGCAAUGUCUAAACAUCUAGUUUUUUUCAUUGCCUUUAAAAUGAAGCCUACUACUACUCGUUUUUUUUGCGGUCUAACUUUGUGAGAAAGAAGUAGGGCCUACUGUAUGGUCCUUAUCUGAUCACCAUUUUAAUUGUCUUGUGUUGAACUUCAAAGAAUGUCUCCCAAAUUGUUGCUCUUGCAUUGUUUCUCAGAAUUAUUUAUCAGGUUGUGCGCAAGGUUUAAAGUAUGCCUCGAAUGUUUUUGUUGAGAAAUGUCACAUUCUAUUAUUUUUCUCUUUUGUAUUGCUCAUAGUUAAGUCUUAAACUUAAAUGCUCCAUAUUGUUUUGGUAUGUUUUAAGGCAAACAUCGUCAUGGUCCCAAACAGUGAAGCAUAAGUAGUAUAAGGGUUACUCUUAAUGAGUUGUUGUUUGGGAAAUUUAAAUUACGACUCAGUGUUUUGUAUAUUUUAGGGCACAUUGGCCGUAUGUUGGGGUUUUUUUUCAGGUUUAGGUGACGUUGAGUCAUACUUUUUAUAUUUUUCUGUGGUUCGCAAUGAAUGCUGAAAUUUUCAAAGAUGUUUUUCGUUCUUUGUGAUACUCUGAUACUGAACUUUUCAUUUGGAGCUUGUGACCUUGAAGAAGUAAGUCUGGGUAUGAAUUACUUCUUCCUCAAGUCUAAAAUGCAGAAGUGGCAUAAAUAUUGUUGCAUGGCAUAAACGUUGCUGCAUCUUGUUCUACCAUCAAAUUGAUUUCAAAUGUUUCUGGUGUACUUCAGUUGUGCUUUUUAUGAGGAAUUUUGAAGAUCAAGAGGCUGUGCUUUAUACACACAAUCUAGAUUGUCCUUUCUCGUCUCUGUAUUUGCAUAGAGGCAUAGCGUUUUGUUUUUCCUGAUGAAAUGUGGAAAAAUUAUUUUCUCCAACCUUCAUGCCACUUGGUGGUAUUUGUUGCUAAUCCACCAGAUGCCGCUGCAAAGUCUCUGUACAAUGAUGGGCACAGCGCCAGUUCAGGAAAUCCCAGUUCAUCAUGAAAUAAACUGUGUUGAUUAUUAUGGGAUUUUCUUUUAAAGGACACUUUUGAUUUUAUGUGCUGAGGCACGUCUUGCUGAAAAAAAAUAUAAAGUUACAUUGCCACUUUUUUUUUUACUUUCAUCUUCAUAGUCUGCAGUAAUGUACAGUAUUGAAAUCCUACUUUACAGGGUAAGCUGAUUUUGUUAGUAAAAUUUGUCAGGUACCGGUACACAGAUGCUUAGAAGAAAGAAAAUGAUGACCUUAUUUUGUGUAAGAGGGGGCGCUUUGUUAGCUCAGUUGGUAUCAUGCUGAAAUACAGAGCGAAUGACCCUGGUUUAAAUCCCAGACUGAGCGUUUUUUAACUCAGGUUAUAUUCUGGAGUUUUCAAGGCUCUCAAGCCAUUUGGCUCAGUCCUAUCAGAUGGAUGAGAUUCGGAGGUCCCGCCUCUUAAAAAGAUCUAACCUAAUGAUUUUGAUAGCGAUAGGGGAUUUAUUUCUAUACACUUACUUUUCACGGUUUAACAGGUAACUCUUUAACACUAAAGACACUAGUACUAGUUCUAGUAGUGUCUGAACCAUGUAUAUUGCUCUAUAUUGCUCUUGUGUGUUGGUUCCACUUGUAAGUUGUUUCAUGUGCUUCUUAGCAAACAGCUUUCUUGAUCAGAAUAGCACUUCACAGACAAAGCAACGGUCAAGUCACUCUAUGUCAGAGGAUGCACUGUCCAUAUUUCUAUAUAUAUAUAGAACCAUUGUACCGGUACUCUUACUGAAUGCUUUAUCAUGUAUUGUCAUCAGGAUAUGGCAAAAUGACAUAUUGCCAGUUUUGCUUGAUCUGCUGGUGUGUUCAUUUGCCACCUUUUAGGAACUGUGGUUUGGGAGAUGCUUUCGCAAUGUUAUGUAAUUUGCCAUUCCUGUGUAAUUAAAAAAGUUCCUAUUACAGUU